AUGACCAAUUUUGAAGGUCUGAAAGCCACCUGUAAUCCCAACAAAGUUAUGCACAAUUCAGGCUGCUUGAACUAUCGUUACGUCACCAGAGCCAUCGUUACGUCACCGGAGCCAUCAUUACGUCACCAGAGCCAUCAUUACGUCACCAGAGCCAUCAUUACGUCACCAAAGCCAUCAUUACGUCACCAGAGUCAUCAUUACGUCACCAGAGCCAUCAUUACGUCACCAGAGUCAUCAUUACGUCACCAGAGCCAUCAUUACGUCACCAAAGCCAUCAUUACGUCACCAGAGCCAUCAUUACGUCACCAGAGCCAUCAUUACGUCACCAAAGCCAUCAUUACGUCACCAGAGUCAUCAUUACGUCACCACAGCCAUCAUUACGUCACCAGAGCCAUCAUUACGUCACCAGAGCCAUCGUUACGUCACCAGAGCCAUCAUUACGUCACCAGAGCCAUCAUUACGUCACCAGAGUCAUCAUUACGUCACCAGAGCCAUCAUUACGUCACCAGAGCCAUCGUUACGUCACCAGAGCCAUCAUUACGUCACCAGAGCCAUCAUUACGUCACCAGAGCCAUCGUUACGUCACCAGAGCCAUCGUUACGUCACCAGAGCCAUCAUUACGUCACCAGAGCCAUCGUUACGUCACCAGAGCCAUCGUUACGUCACCAGAGCCAUCAUUACGUCACCAGAGCCAUCGUUACGUCACCAGAGCCAUCAUUACGUCACCAGAGCCAUCGUUACGUCACCAGAGCCAUCAUUACGUCACCAGAGCCAUCGUUACGUCACCAGAGCCAUCGUUACGUCACCAGAGCCAUCAUUACGUCACCAGAGCCAUUAUUACGUCACCAGAGCCAUCGUUACGUCACCAGAGCCAUCGUUACGUCACCAGAGCCAUCAUUACGUCACCAGAGCCAUCGUUACGUCACCAGAGCCAUCGUUACGUCACCAGAGCCAUCAUUACGUCACCAGAGCCAUCGUUCAGGGUCCACAGAGUCAUCGUUCAUGAGCUUCGUUCUGCCCUGUGCUUGUCUGUACUGCCUCGUGACCUUCCAGAGCCAUGGAAACGAUAUAAAAAAUACUGUAAUUCGUCGAGGCAAGACUGUCUUCGAAUAUUUUCAAAAUAUAUUACAAUCAGAUCUAUUCUGA